CAGCAGCGAGGUAACCGCACUCCGCAGCCAGCGUGAGCGAGUCGCGAGAGAAAACGGCGACAUUGCACAGCUGUACGACGCGUGGCAUGCCAAGACCUUGUGAAACAAGCGACCUUUCGUCGUUCACGCACGGAUAUACGAGGAUCCUGAGUCACGUAGGAUAAGGAACCGAAGUACCAAAGUUUAAGCAUAUCUGAAAAAUGGCACCUCCAAAAGUAUUACUUGGACAAAAUAGACAAAACGGCACUGCAACCUUGAGGAAAGGAAUAACAACCAGGAGUCAAAAUUCUUUAUUGAGCAAUGUAUUAAAACCAUCCAAUAGCAAAGAAUCUCGCAUCAAGCGGAAAUCAGAUGUAUUUUCGCCACCUAAAGAAAAAACGAACAAGAGAUAUGCUUUUACAAAUAUCACCAAUGCCAUUACUACGUCGCUAGUAGGGCAUAAUCCAACAAAAAAGGUAGUUACUCAGCCCAAACCAGUUGGAAGUAAUGUUGCUUCAGAGAAACCCGCAGAUGUUACUACAUCAAAAGUUGUACCGGCGAAAGUAAAACCGGCGCCUCGUAUUAAGUCUAUUCUCAAAAAGGAUGAUAAAACAGAAACUAUUAACAAAAUUGUAAAUAUUAGACGAAGUGCAGAUUUAGAAAAAUCUGAGGAUAAUUCGUUAUACGUCAGUGCUUUGGAAGACGUUAAUGAUAGCAUAAAAAAAACUCGCAGGAGUAGCAAUAAUAAGGUUGAUGAAAAAACCAACGACAAACCAACAGCAAUAGCAGAAGAAAAAGAACCCACAUCCCCUACGAAUGAGAGUGAAAUUUCAGCCACUACUUUAUUGAUCGCUAUACCUGUAAGAGAAUUACCCGAAGGCGUUCAAUGGGAUUUUGAUGUUGAAAAUUGGCUAGAUCCAUACCAGAUAUCACACUAUGCAAUGGAUAUUUUUGAAUACCUGAAGGGACGAGAACAUCUAUUCCUCAUCAGCGAUUACAUGGACCGACAAGUAUGUCUCUCGCAAUGGAUGAGAGCGUUACUAGUCGACUGGAUGGUUGAAGUUCAGGAAUCAUUUGAGUUGAACCAUGAGACCCUAUAUCUGGCUGUAAAACUUGUCGAUUUAUAUUUGACAAAAAUGACAGUCGGAAAAGAAACUCUACAACUGCUUGGCGCUGCAAGUCUUUUCAUAGCGAGCAAAUUUGAUGAAAGAAUACCACCAAUGGUGGAAGAUUUCUUGUAUAUAUGUGAUGGCGCUUAUACACAGAGAGAGCUGAUAAAAAUGGAAAUGAAUGUUUUAAAAGUAGUCAAUUUUGACCUGGGAGUGCCUCUUUCUUACAGAUUUCUUCGGCGUUAUGCUAGGUGUGCCAAGGUCUCCAUGCCCACGUUAACUCUGGCUCGGUAUAUAUUGGAACACUCAUUGAUGGAUUAUACGAUGAUCAGAUUUAGUGAUAGCAAAAUGGCAGCGGCGGCGUUGUUAUUGGCAUUACUAAUGAAAGAUCUAGGAGGAUGGAAUCCAACAUUAGAAUACUAUAGCGGUUAUAAACUGGACGACAUAAGAGAUAUUUGCAAUCUUCUGAAUCAAAGUUUACAUAGGAAGCAUAAAGAAACAUUAAAAACUGUCCGCAGCAAAUACAGCCACAAGAUUUUCUUCGAAGUUGCGAAGCUGCCCCUAAAAGAGACUUUAGACAUAUGAAUAGAAAAAAUACAAUUAAGAGUGAGAGUGCGCUCCCAUGGGAUGCGAAACUGCAAAACGUCUAUGAUUGGUUGUGGCAUCAUUCCGCCGAUUCCGCUCCGCUAAGUGUUUUCCUAUGUCACAUUAAGUGGAAUUUGUGGAAUACGCAAUUAGCGCUGACAAAUCGCAAGAGCCUUCCCGUAGAUCACUUUCAUUGGAUCUAUCGGAAUAGCUCUUGUCAUUAGCUCGCAUUGAUUGCGUAUUUGCAAGUUUCGUUUAAUGGGACAUAAAGAAACAACUCCUGCGGAUCAGAAAUCAUAUAAUACAUACAGGGACAUCUGCCAACUUUUAUGUAUACAUUUCGAUUUUUUUUAUUUACAUUUCCAUCUUUCUGUAUAUUAUUUGACAUUCAUUUUCUGACCGUAUUGACGUCCAUAUUUCUUUGUAGGCAGAAGUCUGUAAUUUAAUAAAAAGUUACAGGAGCACUACGAAUAGCUACGUAGUUUUAAACGGUUCGACUUGUGAUCUAUGGCUCGAUCCCAUGUGUGUCUUGCAUAUUAUUUACAGCUCUUUCCGUUUCUGAUGGCUCUCAAUCGAUUUGCCUUCGAUUAAAUAUAUAUUCUUGUAGAAGACAGGUUUUCUUCGUUUAAAGGUUAGCGUCGUUAGCGAGAUCCACACGAAUCCGCUAAAAAACUAAAACUGUGGGAAAGAAACGACGGAAUCGGCAGAAUGAAACCAUUAUCAAUCACAAAUAUUCCGCAGUUCCGCAUCCCAUGGCCGCACUCUAAGGAAACUGAAGUAAUUAACUGUAAAAAAGAAAGUACUCCAAAUUCAGCACAGACAAAUAAUUAUCUUAAUAGCAUGACAAUUAAGACAAUAGAAAUUAAGACUAGUCGUAACAUUUGUUGGACAACUUGAAUGUUUGUUAAGUGUUGUAAUAUUAGCACGCGAAUAGCGACGCUACCCUCUAAAUUAUAUAAUGCAUGAAACGAAAGCGGAAACGUAAAAAUCUCGAAUGUAUGUCAAAAAGUUUUAUCGUGAAACUUCACCGAGUUUUUUUACGGGUACACUUGAUAGCGUAUGACUCAUCUUUAUUAUUAUUAUUAUUAUUAUUUAUAUAUAUGUAUAUGAUGCAGUAAUCUCUAUAUCACUUUACAGUCUUUGCUAUUUGUAUAAGUCAUUUUACUAAUUCUUUUUCUUUUUUUAUUAAAUAUUUAUUUUAGCGCCACGCUUUUAUAUCUUGCGAGUGAAUCCUCAACCCGAAAUGUGAUAUCGGGUUUUUUUUCAAUCGCGAGAAUAGACUGAAAAGUAAUGCACGUAUGGUGAAUUGACUCGUGAAUGAAAAAAUGUACAUUUUAAAAAUUCAAAGGGAAGAAAAGAAUAAAUAUUAAUCUAUUUUUUUUUUACAUGCUCGUUUUGUAAUCCAAUAAAUUGUUCCUAAUAGAUUAGAAAUUUUUCUUUAUAUAUGACACCAUUAUUUACUUAGCUUUAUCAUCUGCGGAAAAAUAAGAUGCCUUAUAAGUCAAGAAAAGAAAUACAAAUCACACAAUGUUAGACCUGAGAAGUGAAAUCUUUUAUUUCUGUUACAACAACUUUCUAAAAUUCGUACAUAAUUUUAGAGCAAUUGAGUUUACAUUCACCAAAAUUUUUAUGUUCAAAAAACCACUACUCUUCGAGUAACAACAUUCAUGCCCUAAAUCAGACCUAUUUAAUAUUUUGCUGGCAAGUUAAACGCUUCGAUUUCUCCAAUGUCUCAUUGAGCGAAGUAAAGAGAAAACAGAAAAAAAUAGAUCCCAAAGCACUGCUCAGUGAUUGGUUGCUCUAGCAUCUAUUUUUUGUUCUCUCAAUAUCUCACUCAGUGAAAAUAUGGAGAGG